AUGUCCGUCUCUGUAGGCUCGAGUCUGGCCGAAGCAGACGCAGCUGAACAGCGCUGCUGGCCACCCGAGCGCCGCGAGUCGAGGCGGCUCAACGGACCGUCGUCAGCCGGUACGACAGCCCGGCGCAUUAAGCGCGAUCGGCGUGCCAGACACAAGCGCAGGCAAACCAAAAUAGCCUCGCAAGUUGGCGGAGGCCACACGGUGGAGAAAACACAGUUGAUCGUCGUCUCGGCCGAUGACGAUAUCAACGGCGACGGCGACGGUGAUCUGAAUGAAGAAGAGGAGGGUGACGGCGACGAUAGCGAUGACGAAGACGGCGAUGGAAAUGGCGAGGAAGAGGAGGAGGGGGAUGAGGAGGAGGAUGAGGAGGAGGAGGAGGAAGAGGAGGAGGAUGAGGAAGCGGAAGAGGAGGAAGAAGAUGAGGAAGAGGAGGAGAGUGAGGGUGAGUGUGAAGGAGAAUGGGAGGCGAGUGGCUCGACGGUGGUCAACUUGGCGAGUGGAGCUUCAAACCGGAUCGCCGAGGCCGGACGUCGACGCAAGUCGGGCGAGUUCGUGGAAGAGGACGGCGAACCGGCCUCCGUGGCCGGCGACGAAGUGGCCGGUGGGUUGUUCGCUUCGGCGAAAAAACGCAAAAAACGCCGUCGCCACAGGUUGGUACUUGAUCCCUUUCAGCUUCUAUCUCUCUCUCUCUCUCUCUUUUCCUCUUAA